CGCAUGAAUGGCCGUCAGUUCGUUUUUUAAGUUCGCAGCGGUCGCAGGUGUCGCGCCUCAGGUGUCUCACUACCCGAAAUAAAAUCUGAAAAAAAUAAAAAUAAAAAUAAUAAUAUACCAAGCAAAGUGCAGAAAUCAAACGCGCAUAAUUUCGAGUUCAGGAGGUGCAUAAUCAUCAGGUGAAAUUCGCGGCCCAGAAUCGGCGGAGUUUUGAAAGAGGCGCUAAUGAAAAGUAUGCCAGGGUGCAUUGUCUGAUUUUCUAAAGCCUAAAAUGAAGGAACCAAAUGCCACACAUUGAUGGAUACAUACCACAAACAAUCGUUGCCUUUUGAAUAGGAAUCGGAAUAGGAAAGCCCAUUCACGGUUUGUCUUUCUCUUUGGCAUUGUCUAACGCACCCGAGCCCAUAAUUUUCACCGACUUCGCACUACAGUUUAGUGGAAUAUGCCAAAAACGAUCAAAAUUAAUUGCCUUUCCCACCGACACUCCCCUUCUUCUGUUCAGUCUCUCGUGAUUUGUGGCCAUAUCGCCUCCAUAGCGCUACGUUCCAGUGAUCGAAUUCGAUUUUACAGUUCAUUAAUCGCGCCUGCUCGUAAUUGUUUUCAUCGCCGCCAAAGUAGUCGAGAAUUAGUUACGAAGAUCCAAUCCGAGAUCCAUAAUCCAAGAUCCCCAGAUCCCGAGAUCACCGGGCCAUGACAUCUUGAUGGGUGUGGAUCGGAAUCGGAUUUGAGUUCAGAUUCGGAUUCAGAUUCAGAUUGGCAAUCCAAAUCGCGGGGUUGGCAUCUGGCAGAUCUCUUUAAUCCACUAUCGGAUGUCGGCCAGUGCGCCAGUUUCUAGCAGUCAUUUGCAUAGCAAAGUGCAGCGGCAACAUAGCAACAUCAUCAACAAUCGGGCAACGAUGUCAUCUGGCAGCAAGAAACAAACGCGGCAUCAAUAAGUGCACGCAGAGAAAAACGUACUGAUAAAAGUGAUUUCCAGUUCGAAGUUGGCUUAAGUCAAAACAGCACCCUCUAGGGGUAACAGCCUGAAAAAUCAUAAAAAUGUGUUAACAAAUAAGUGGCCAAUAAAAAGUUUAAUAGUCUACCAAUGUGCAAAGUUUAGAAACAAUUAGAAUCACAAUGAAAAGCAUUUUAAAUGUUUUUAACUGAAGUUAGAAGAUUAUUAGCAGAUAAUAUAGUGAUGGCUUAAUUAUCCCUGGCUUAUAAUUUUUGCAUUGAAUUAUUGGAAUUACAACCAAUUAAAGAAUUUGGAAAGGGAGGUAUAAAUUUUCUCACAAUUAGAAGAUCAAUUUUUCUCUGGCAAAAGUUAACGAAGUGUUUUUUGUUUUGUUUGCUGUGUGCUAAUCACUUCACAUUAUUGAUUGAUGUUUUCGCCCGUGUACUCGCCAGCACUCUCCCCUAAGAGUCUUUGAGGAAAAAGUGUGUGGUUGUGGGGAGUGUGUGUGCACACCACACCGCCAAUUGGGGUCAGUGAAAAGCUUUUAAAAUGUUAACGCUAUUUUAAAUACGAUAUGUUGCUAUGACUAUGCCUCGGCUGCCUGCAGAAUUUAGUCAUCCCCAUCUUCCCAUCGCCAUUGCCAUCGCCAAACGACAGUAAAAGCGAAGCGAUGGCGAUGAUGAUGAUGGUUGUGAAGGUGAUGAUGACGAUUGUAAUGAUGAUGUUGCUAAAACAAGACGCCAGCCGUGGACUGUAGACUGUGGACUCCGGAGUCCGGACGCUUCCAAUAUGCAAAGUAAUCACAACACAAAAAGUGUGCAGACAACAAAAAGUAAACGACUUGCGAGAGAAAAAGGGGUGUGUGAAAUGGAAAUGUGAACCAUAUGCAAAUUGUGAAUCGUUUUGGCGAAUGUGUCUAUAAAUUUCGAUGUUUUAGUGAAAUUACCGCGGUGAAAACUAUUUGCCAUUUGCCAUCAAAGAGACGAAAACUUGAAAAUUGCGGUUAAUUAUUUUUGUCAAACAAAAUCCACACCUUCGUCUGUGGGAAUAAUGCAUAAAUACGCCUGACAAUGGAUUACUACUACAACCGGAGAGAUGUCAAGAUAACCCAACUCAAGAACAUUGAGCUAAUCAACAAUACGAAAAAUGCACAUAAAUCAGCGCUCGAGAUGCGCACAACAACCACAGUGAAGAGCAGCCAGCAGCCGAGUGGCUUGGAUGAGGCUCCCACUCGGAUGAGGGCCCCCGACGAGAUGAGGGCCACCACUUGGAUGACGGCGCUGCUCGGCAGCCAUCCCACAGCAGCCAAGUCGAAGGACCCCAAUUCGGACACGGACUCGGCCUUGUCCUCGGCUCCGCCCUCCAUCAGCCCGCAGCCGCCCUCCAGCGGAUCGGACAGCGGCGUGAUUUGGCAGACCCUGCAGGACCUGGACAAGCUGCAAAAGGAAGCGGAAAUGUACCAGAAGGAGAACGAGCGGCUGCAGGCGGAGGUGCAGCUGAUGAAACAGGAGCUCGAAGCCGCGGAGAAGGCGGCGCUGAGCAGCGGCAAGAAGCAGGCGAAGAUCGAGGAGCUGGUGCAGAGGAUCCAGGAGCUGGAGGAGAAGCAGGCGAGCUUCGAGGACGAGACGAGCGAACUGCGCGAGCAGAAUGAACUCCUCGAGUUUCGCAUUCUCGAACUGGAAGAUGAUAACGAUAAGAUGGAAAGCACCUGCGAGGGCCACUGCCAGAGUUUGCAGGAUCUGCUGGAGCAGUCUGCCCAGCAGCUGGAGGAUCGGGACAAGCGCUGCCUGCAACAGCUGCUGCAGUGCGUCCAGCAACUGGACCUGGACGCCAUGACGUCAGACAAUCAGAACCGCACGGAGACUCCCCGGAGGCACAACCAAACCCAAAGUCACAACCACAACAACAGUCCGAGUCACAACCACAGGAUCGUUGCCACCGUUCAGCCGUACAGCAACUGUGCCACGCCCUCUGCCCCGCCCACGCCCAGCAAGAGGCACUGCAGCCAGCAGGUGAGCUCCUGGCAGAGCAGCAGCCUCAGCGAGAGCGGAGUGUUCGUGGAGUGCGACCUGCCAUCGUCGAAUCCAUCGGUCAGCCUUGGCCAUCCGCACCUGCAGUUCUACCAGGAGCGGCUGGAGCAGCUGGAGGGCAAGCUCCUGAUCUACGAGAGCAGCGGCGAGACGCAGGCGCGCCAUUUGGCCCAGAGGUUGCAGAGGGAGCUGCAGCUGGAGAAGGACCUCAAGGAGCUGGGCGACCGGGUGGAGCUGCUGACCGAGCAGAACGCCCAGUUGGAGGAGGCCAAGUGCGAGUUCGAGGAGGCGGAGAACGACACGCGACUCCACCUGCAGCGCAACGAGGUGGAGCUGGAGAUCCUGCGCCAGCGCAACGUGGAGUUGGAGUUCGGCAAGGAGGCACUUGGCGCCAAGUACCAGGACUGCCGCGCAGAGGUUCUGAUCCUGCGCGAGGAUCUCGCGGCAGCCGAAACCCAAUUGGAGCACCUGCAGAGCGAGAGGAAGCAGGCCAGGAAGGAGCUGCAGGACCUGCGCAGAUCCCUGCCCUUGCUGCUCAUCUACCGCCUGUUAUCGUUGGCCAAAAUGGGCAACGACAUGUCCUCCCCGCAGGCCAGUCCCCGCCUCUCCUCGGGAUACACGGCCUCGAUGCCGGGAGAUCAGGAUUCCGUCCCCAAAUUGCGACCGGCGGAGUUCGGACUCAGCCAAGCGGGGUACUCCGAUCCCGGCGAGACUCGUGAGAUAGUCUACCUGAAGGAGGAGGUGAAGAGCCUGCGGAGCCAGCUGAAGGAGCUCAAUGCCCGGCACUACGAGGCCAUGGAGACGGCCGACUCGCACUGGGUGGACCUGGAGCAGCAGUACAAGGAGCGCGAGGAGGCCUACCGCGCCAAGGAGGCGAGCCUCAAGCAGAAGAUCGCCCAGCUGCAGGACUGCCUAAGGGAGGACUCCCGGGCGGCCACCGAGAAGAUCCAGCAGCUGGAGGAGGCCGAGCAGGCCCUGAAGACCUGCCUGGUGCGCAUGACCAAGGAGCACCGCGAUCUGCUCACCGAGAACCGCACCCUGCAGUGCAGCAUGGAGAGCGUGGUGGCCAAGAUGGAGAUGGAGGCGGAGCACAAGAUGCCGCUCACGGAAGCCCUCGAGACGGAGAGGCGGAGGAGCCAGGCGCUGAUGGACGACCUGAGCUUCGCCAAGAAGGUCCAGCAGAACACCGAGGACCAGCUGCGGCAGGAGACGGAUGCGCUGCGCACCCAGAUCUUCGACAUCAAGAAGGAGUACCUGCACAUCGAGGUCACCAACAGCGAGCUGAAGGAGGAGGUGGGCACGCUGGAGAACAAGAUCCGCCAGAUGGAGGCCCAGAUGAAGGACUCCGAGGAGCGGGCGCGCUGCCUGGAGGACGAGCUGCGCACCAAGGACGAGCAGUGCCAGCUGAUGGAGCGCAAGCUGGGCGUCAUCCCCGAGGGCUACAGCCUGGCCGACGAGCUCUACGACAAUCCCGCCAAGCGGGCCAAGAAGGACGAGGUGCCCGAUCUGCAGACCGCCAGUCAGGGGUUGGGCGUGGCCCUACUGGAUCUGGAGGGUCGGGACUUCGAGCUGCCCCUCCACAAGGACUUCCAGGCGAUCGCCUGCAGCGUGAAGCAUCUGGCGGACACCCUGCUAUCCCAGAGUCCGACCGAGGUAAGUUUGCAGGGCAGCCAGCCGGACAAGUCGGCUGGAGCGGAGCAGGAUGUCUCGUCCAAUAGAAUAAGUGGUUCGGGACUGUCGACAAUGGCAAGUCAGGAGAGUGAGGCUGGUCAAGAAGUGGGGGUCAUUCAAGACAGCGAGGUCAUACAAGACAGCGAGGUCCUCCAAGACAGCGAGCUUAUUCAAGAUAGUGAGGUCGUUCAAGAAAGCCAAAUUAGCCAACCCGUUAGCACCGAUAAGUCUAGUUACCUAAGUGUCCAGUCAUCCUCAACAAGACCCAAGGGCUUCAAGGUGGGCAGAGCCACCCGCAAGUCCCGGCGAUCUCGUGGUGGAGCGGAUAGCAACGAGGAUCUCACACAACUGACGGUGAUCAAUCCACCAAGUGGGAAGGAGAAGAAGAUCAGCGAGGUGCCGUCUUCCUUGAGACAGCUGGUUAAGGAGCCAAAGCCGAAGCGCGAGAAGAAGAGCAAGAAGCAGGAACAAGCUGCGAGGAAGGAGCAUCCCACUCCACGUCAUCGCCAGCGAUCCAUGUUACGGCGUUUCAUUUUCCGGCGCAUUUACCGAGCUCGCACUCGAAGUGUUGCCACGAAUCGAUCACCGAUUUUCCCGCUCCAGGAGAGCCUUUCGAGCAACAGUUUCCACUCGGUGAUUUCGAUUCACACAGUUCACUCAUCCAGAUCGAGGGUUUCCCUGUGUUCCCUGCACGCCAAGGUCUUUGAUCCCGAAUGGGAAUCCCUGGCCAGCGUGUCCUUUGUUCAAACGGAGAAUCCCAACUAUUCGGAGGAGGGUGUUCAGGUCACGGCGGAUUGCAGUGAGCGGGAGGUUCAGGUGCAGCCGGACACCAUGGAGUGUGGAAUCCAGGUGGAGGUCGGAGUGGAGCAACGAUUCCUCCUGAUGCCUCUGAGAACCCGCUGCUUCGUGGAUCUCCUCCAGGGCGCCGUGGACGGGUACUUCGAUGUGUCCGCCUUCCGGGCACGACUGCUCCGCUUGUGGGAGAGCGGGGAGGACUUCCGUGAGCACAUCGAGUUCCUGCAGGACAUGUGGACGGAGAAGAAGCACCAGGAGUCGCUGGAGUGCUACGAGGGAUUCGUGGCAGCUCUCGACUGUGUUCGCACCCUAAAAGCGGCCCUCAAGCCGGCAUCUUCGGCACUUUUGGACCAGAUCGAAACCCGAAUCCAUGGACGACUGGUUCUGUACCACAACCAGAAGGUGGAGUCCGAGUUUGGCUGCACCGUCUACAUUCCCGUGGCUCGAAGCAACUCCAUGUUGUUCCGGAAUGCCAGAUAAUGCCACUUUCAUUAGCUCCAUUUCGAUGUAAAUACUACCAUGCAUAAAUGUAAAUUACCUAGUGA